AUGGCAAGGAACCGCGAUAGUCGUUACGACGUCUUGAGGGCGAGUCGUUUUAGAAGUGGUAGUGUGGUUGAUGAUGUAGAAAACCUACCACCUAGCAUGAAUGAUAAUAUGGAGACGCAGGAGGAUGUGAAAUCUGCUCCUGUUGGCAAUGAAAAUGUGUUUAAUAAUAGAGAGAGUUCUAUAAGUGGACGGUCACACGUUAAAUUUCGUUCAAAUGUCAGUAAGAUUAAGGAGAUGUUUCAGACGGGAGAAGACGUGAGGGGAGGGGAAUUUAAAGUUAACCUAACACGACAACCACCCCCAGUUCCAGAAAAGUCCCCGGAAAUAAAAAAGAAAAAAACUUUUGAUUUGUCAAGUUUAAGAGAUGGGAAGGCAAUGUCUCCCCCUAGAUCUUCUGAUCCAAAGAAGCUACUUGAUGCAACAAAUCAUGUGGAUAGAUUCAACUACACACGAGCAUUGUUUGCCAGAUUGGAUCAACAAGCCCGCUCAAACACACUGGAGCCAGACCGUUAUCUCACACGGAAAACUUCACCAAGAACAACUUCACCAUCCCCAGUUCUUUCCCCAACUUUGAGCUCUCCAUCCAGUCCAGAAGGUAGAGUUCGUUCCCCUUCUGAAGAUAUUCUCACUAAUUCACAUUCCGAACCUCUUGAAACUUUGAGUAAACGUCGCUCCUCAUCGGAACCAGCAGAUAGCGAUGAUUCCGUUCCAACAUCAUUUGGAUUUGGACGGCGGUCACGUGCUGAUCAGAGGCCUAACAAUUUAGCCUUUCAACAAGAUGUGAUAAGAACUGAGAAAGCCGCUCCUAAACCAUCACUCCCACUCCAUAGUAAUGCCCCUGGUGGAUUGCUAUGGAAACGGCGACAACAUUCGGAUGCAACAAGUGACGAACAUAAGUUUGGUACAAGUAGGUAUCGCAAAGAUGAAAAUACUAUGCAGGAAGCAGCAAAUGACAUGGACACAAGCCAUUCCAGAAACUAUGAUUUAUCUGUACAAUCAGGGUACUCAAGUCGUACAAGACCAAGUCGAGAUAUAAGGAAUAGAUCUGGGUCGCAGGAUAACUCAGAUUCUUCCAGUAAUGACAAGACUUCUGUCGAUAGUGACUCUAAAACUGAUGCUGUAGUGCUACGUCGUAAACGUAAAGAUGACGGAACUUCAUCAGCUUCUGAUGGAAAGCGAAUUAGUCGCGAGGAAAUACAGGCAGCUUUACAAAAGGCAGAUAGAUAUUGGAAGCAUGAUACAAAGUCUGAUUUUCAAGCAAAAAGGCGAUCAUGGGAAGUCCGAGAACAAAAGUCAGAUGUAACUGAUACUUUUUUCGAUUGGAAGAAACACAAACAUCAAGGUCUGCCUCAGAAAUCACGAUCAAUGGAUGCAUUAGAUGAUUCUGCUCCAACUAGGUCUAAAAAGCCAAAUUACGUGGAAAAUGUCACAAGUAAUGACCCAAAUGUACAUAAUGUUGAAGUUUUGAAGGAGAAAGAAAAUACGGAAACUAUUGUGCAUGAAAACAUUCCACACUUUGACCUGUCGUCUCGCAUAAGAUCCGACUCAGAAUCUAGUGAUUCUAAAUCUCGUGUCCAAGAUUCGAGACAGUCUCGGACCAGAAAAUUGUCCUCCAAUAAGCCAAAACCUCCUAUUCCCACAAAACCUGCCAUUGUGCCAAAACCAAUUCCAGUUCCUCGUAAAACACAACCACAGUCUUUUCUAAAGUCCAGCAAUGCAUGGGAAGAUGAUGAUGACCUGCCGCCAUCAUCAGCCCCGCCUCCUAUCCCAGACUCCUCCCCUCCAGAUGAAAUGCUGGAGUCGCUAAGAGAUGAAGCUCCCGUGGAAGUUGAACUGUCCGAACGACCUCCACCUCCUCCGUACCCUGUUCCAGAGACCCCUCCACCUCCGUACAGUCAUGCUUUGGGACAGGUGAUCAAGUCUUCACCUACAAAUUUAUCUUCUGAAGAACUGACAUCUCCGCCAUCACCACCUUCACCACCGUCAACGUCGCCACCAGUACCUAACAUUUCGAACACAGAGGUUGUGGAGGAGGUGAUUGAAGAAAAGGUUGUUGAUAACAAACAGUCUGCUGCCCUGUUAAAUGAAUCCCCUCUGUAUGAGAAUGUAGUAGGUUCUUCAAUUUAUGAAAAUGUGGUGGGAUCAGGGAUGGUUGAGAUGAGACAGAGAAGUGUGAAACAAAACAUAGAGGUCAGGCCACCAUCUCAGGAGGAGCCCCCACCUUCACCUGUUGUCCAUAUGGUCAAGCAAAUGACCGAGGAUGAAACUGACCGCUUCCAAACGAAAAGAUCUCGUGGAGGUGUUUAUGUGGAAACAAAGGAUCAGACAUCAGAUAGUAAAUACGAAAGUGACGACAUCAUUCCACCACGAGAAGCUGGGGAUGGUCAUGAAGAACCAGACUCCAUUUUGAUUGGAGAGGUAUAUUCUACAGAUGAGAUCGUCGAUUUCAUUGAGAUUCCUGGACUUAGUAGUGGCAAUGCAAGUGAGUCCGAUGACGGCUAUGAUGUUGUUGAUUACCACAAACCCUCUAGGAUACGCUUCAGUAAAGGCCCUAUAAUGGUGUUUCCUACUUUUUCGACUGAAGAGUACGAUCGGAGAAACGAGGAUGUUGAUCCAGUAGCAGCGUCAGCUGAGUAUGAACUCGAGAAACGUGUGGAAAAGAUGGAUGUUUUCCCAGUAGACCUUGUUAAAGGACCCGAGGGACUUGGCCUGAGUAUAAUAGGAAUGGGGGUUGGGGCAGACGCUGGGCUGGAAAAACUUGGUAUCUUUAUUAAGACUCUGACAGAAGGUGGGGCUGCCCAGAAGGAUAACAGGAUCCAUGUAAAUGACCAGAUUAUUGAGGUGGAUGGUAAGAGUUUAGUUGGAGUCACUCAAGCUUAUGCUGCUUCUGUCCUGCGUAACACAAGUGGCACUGUAAAAUUCAUGAUUGGUCGAGAGAAAGACCCAAGUAAAAGUGAGGUUGCACGCCUCAUUCAGCAAUCACUGGAGCAAGACCGUCGACGUGAAGAGAUGAGGAAACGUGAACAAGAAAGACUUCAGCAUCUCCAGGAUGAUGUGAAGCCACGUGAUGAAAUAGCAGAACAUCAACACCAGCGACGUCUAUCAGAGAGUGAAAAGGACAUCCUACUUGAUGAUGAUAAGGAUGUUGAUGAGUCUGAGGGGAUGGAAGAAGAGGAGGGAGAAGAAGAGGAGGAAGAGGAAGUAGAAGAUGACAGCGAUGAAAGUGAAGGGGGUUAUGCAAUGGAAACAGAGGAGACGGCAGCAGGGGAGGCUACUCCAAUGUCACUUCCGUCAGGGCUUGACAGUACAGAAAACAGUAUUAGCUCCCCUGAAGAGGGCACUAACCCCAACAUAGAGGUUUUUGAUUUACAGGAGAGUAGCAGUGAAUCGAUCUCGCCUGACAUGGAGUCACAGGCCUUGUUUGUUAAACUCAAAGAGGCUCAGUACAAGAAAGCAGUGUCCGAGGCUGAGCUUGCUAAACUCAAAGGAAAACUGAUUCAUCUUGAAAGCAUUGAGAACCAGAAGAAGGAUUAUGAGAAGAAAUGUGAGUCUAUGGCCAAGCAACUCCGUGACCAGGAGAAAAAUCUGGAGAAAUCUCGGAAGGAGAUGAACCAGUACCAGGACCUUUUGGAGGGCUCCCAAGGACAGUACAUAGCCCUAGAGAAGAGGAUGAAGGGAGACUUCACAGCUCUGGAGAAAAAGUACCACAAGGCUAAGAAACUGAUAAAGGAGUACCAAUCAAGGGAAAAAGAUUUUAUUCAGGAGAGGGAAUCUCUGUUACAACAACAAGCAGAAAAAGAUCAGCAGUACAAUGCAUUGGUCAAGUCUCUUAAAGACAGAGUGUUCCGGUUAGAAGGUGAACUUGCUGAGGCCCAGGCAGCUGCUGGUCUACCUGUUGUCAUUCCCAAGGAUUCAACUGCCCCACAGAAGGCUGCGGAACUUGAUGUUAUACUCAAAACGAAGACUUCACCGACUCAUUCAGCACCAUUAGAACAAACAUCCAAGGUCCUGAAACACCAGAUGUCGGACAGUGUUUCCUCCAUCUCCUCAGGGUCAGAUGGAUCCCCAGUGGAGACCGUUGGCAGUCCCGAUCCUGAAGUCCUUGAAGGGGAGCUAGACCGUGACCUUGACCUCAAUGGACAUGCUGAACUUGACCUCACACUUACUGGUGUGAUUCCUGAGACAUCAUUGUUAGACACAACGGCCAACAAAAACAAGGGACAGGUUGGCACCACAGGAGGAAAUGCUAGUCGACGAUUACCUACAAAACGUAACAAAUCACAAGAAAGUUUAAAUGAAGCAGCAGAUGGUGAAGUGAAACCAGAAAAUGAGAGUCGACUAGAAGCUUGGAUGAAACAUGACAGUGAUGGAACUGUGAAAAAAAGUGCUGCAAAGAAGAAAAAACCACAGGAAGUUCUCCUUCCCCCGUCAGUACCUCCGCCCCCGCCCCCCAGCCUUACAUCAGAAGUUGUCAAUGACCCCGAUACCCACUCACAACAUUCCCACCAAUCAGAGGAAAGUUCCUCAACCGUUUCACAAACGUCAUACGAUCCAUCCAAUCCACAUUUCAAAAACUUGGAAUCAGAAAUACCUGAAACCAUUUCUAUAGAAACCUCUGGGUCAGCAAGCUCUGCUGGAGGAACCAGUUCAAGUUCAGGGACCAAGUCAUCUAGCAAAGGAAUAGGACUUCCAAAAUUUUUAUCAUUUGGAAAAUCAGGGAGUAGAGAUAUUUCCGGUGGAGGAGUGGUAUUGUUAUCUAAAACAUCCUUGGACGGAACAAAGUCCUCCAGUAAAAAUUCCGGAGGCGUCACUCUUCUGUCCAAACAGUCGUUAGGAGAUGACGUCUCCGUCGGAAGUCGAGAUGGUGAUGGAAUCAUCCUCGUAUCAAAGCGCCCCCUGGAUUCGGCGUAUUCAACUGAUUCAAUAUCUAUGGAUGUGAACAGGAAGAAGACUGAUAGAAAAGGUGCUAGCACUGUGAGUGACACUUCGUCAUCUUUCAUGGUACAAGAUUAUGAAGAUGAGGAUUGGAAACAAAAAUCAUCUCACACCUUCAAUAUUUCUGGCACCCCAAGUACAGAGGAAACACCAACUGGCCCAGGAAGUCGAAGGAACGUGAACCAGUUCCAAUCUGGUGUUAUUGCUGAAUGGACCAAUGAGAAUGUCUGUCAUUGGCUUAUGGCCUUAGAAAUGGACAAGUAUAUCCCAAUGUUCAAAGAUAGAAACGUCUCGGGCACGCAGUUACUGCAGUUUGAUGGUGCAAAACUCAAGGCCCUUGGUGUGACUUCAAGCAAAGAUAGAGACUUGCUGAAGAAAAAAAUAAAGGAAAUAAAGCUGGCUUUGGACAAGGAAAAGAAGCUGCAGGAAAAAGAGAGGAAAGCAAAGGAAAAAGAGCAAAAGAAAAUGCAAAAGAAAAAGUGAUAAGAAUAAUUAUCUCCCUUUGAUUGGAUUUACCUCAUGUAUGGAGUUGUCUUUCCCUACAAUACAAUUUAGUAUGGACCAAUGCCUUGCUCGGACAGGAAAAUAAUGCUACUGACAUAGCCUCAGUGCUGAGGUCAGUUUCAACUGCCCAUUAACAAUGACCGGGCAAAAUAUAAACUACUUGAAUGACCAGUCAAAUUUUGUACUAGUGGCCAGUUGAAGUAAGGACUUUGACCGGUCAAAAUAUUGAUUAAACAGAGUGACUGGUCAAAGUACAGACUAUGUAAAAAGUGACUGGUUAAACUAAUUAGUGACCGCUCACACUAUGGACUAAUUAGAGUGACCAGUUAAAAUAUUAACUAGUGUGGCUGGUCCAAAUAUAGGCUAAUCAGAGAGACUGAUCAGAUGAUUGGUAGACUAGUUCACCUUAUGAAACGUGCUGGAUCAGUCACAGGGUCACAAAGAUUGUCCUGUUCUAGGUUACUGUGAUAUUGGUGACAAAGUCACUUCUCAUCAUUUUCUUUCUUUUUUGUAAAAAAUAUUAAUUUUAAAUUGGUUCAUAAGAGUGAGACUUGUGCGGAAGUGAGUGACCAUUUUAAUUCUGUAUUUUUUUGCGGCUGUCUUAUUCUCCCAUCUUUAUGUGAACAAGAUAUAGCAUGGUCUUGUUGAUUUUAGGUUGGUGAAACCAGUCUAAAUGGUACACUACAGAUAAUAAAUUCUGGCAUGGUCUUGUUGAUUUUAGGUUGGUGAAACCUGUCUAAACAGUACAAUAAAUGGCAUAAAUAUUUGGUUGAAAUAGACUGGAUUUUACAUCAAAGUGUUCCAUUUCCUCUUAACAGGUCAUUCUCCCUUUUGUCUUAUGAAUUUUUCUACUAAAAAAGAUAAACAUCAUCAGAAUUUACAAAGGAUGACAUUUAAUUCAAUAAAAGGGAAUAGACAGAUUUAUAUACAUCAUGGACACUAGUGUCAUGAGAUUCCACCUUUGUCAAAUGGAUCAUUCAUUCUUAUAUUUAAUUUUUUCUCACAUAUCUAGACAAAAAUUGUAAACCUAUUGAGUGAUUAAGUAAUCAUUCCCUUAGCAAUUUUUUUAAAUUUUUAUAACCAAAAAAAAGUCUGUUUCUUAAAUUCAUAUUA